AUGUUUAAAUCCAGACUUCGGCCAGGACAGACACAUCAGAGGCGGGGCGAACAUCAGCCAAACGGCGUCAUCCAAUCAGCAACACGUGUUGUUCACCACUUCUCCAACAAGCCAAUCAGAGGCGGUUACACGACAGAAGAAGAAAGUAGAAUUCCAAAAAUAUACACCAAAACUGGAGACAAAGGUUUCUCCAGCACAUUCACUGGAGAGAGAAGACCAAAAGAAGAUCAUGUUUUUGAAGCACUGGGGAACACAGAUGAACUGUCGUCAGCUAUUGGUCUGGCCCGAGAGUUCUGCCUUGACAAGGGUCACACGUUCACUUAUCAGCUGGAUAAGAUUCAGUGUGUCCUCCAGGACCUUGGCUCAAACAUUGCCACACCUCGAUCAUCAGCAAGAGAAAGCCAUACAAAAAGGACCAAAUUCAGCGGGCAGCCAAUCACUGAGCUGGAAAGUUGGAUUGACUCUUUCACUGAGGAGCUGCCUCCACUAACCAACUUCAUUAUACCUUCGGGAGGUAAAAGCAGCGCAGCUUUGCAUGUGGCCAGGACAGUCUGUCGCAGAGCAGAGCGCAGUGUUGCUCCGAUUGUGCGUUCAGGAGAGGCAGAUCCAGAUGUUGCCAAGUUUUUAAACCGGUUAAGCGACUAUCUCUUCACGUUGGCGAGGUAUGCAGCGAUGAAAGAAGGCUGCGAGGAGAAAAUCUACAAGAGGCCGGAAUGAAUCCAACUUGUGAUAGUGAUGUCCAUGAAUAAAUCAGAGAUCUCACAACAA